GCUCUGCCGUGGGUAAUGUCGUACCGAUGUGUCAAGGCUGACGGUUCAUUUGUCUGCUUUUUUCCCCCCCUCUCCCAUUUCAAUGCAGAGGAGUACGAAGAAGAAGAAGAGGCUCAGGAAGAAGCUUUUGCUUCCUGCCAUGUCACACCUGAUGAAGCUGCUCCGGCAGAAGCUCAUGAGGAAGAAGUCCAUGAACCAGCAGAGGAAGCUCCUGAGGAAGAGGAGAAGCCCAGAAUAAAACUAACUGCUCCAAAAAUACCAGAGGGUGAGAAAGUAGAUUUUGAUGACAUCCAAAAGAAAAGGCAGAACAAAGAUCUGAUUGAACUGCAGGCCUUGAUUGACAGCCACUUUGAAGCCAGGAGAAAGGAAGAGGAAGAGCUUGUUGCCCUCAAGGAGAGAAUUGAGAAGCGCAGAGCUGAAAGAGCAGAGCAACAGAGAAUCCGGGCUGAGAAGGAGAAGGAGCGUCAGGCAAGGCUUGCGGAGGAAAAGGCACGGAGAGAGGAAGAAGAUGCCAAGAGAAAAGCUGAGGAUGAUCUGAAGAAGAAGAAGGCUCUGUCCUCCAUGGGUGCAAAUUACAGCAGUUAUCUGGCUAAGGCUGAUCAGAAGAGAGGAAAGAAGCAAACAGCUAGAGAGACAAAGAAGAAGAUCCUGGCAGAGAGGCGCAAGCCCUUGAACAUUGACCACCUUAAUGAAGACAAGCUGAGGGACAAGGCCAAGGAGCUAUGGGACUGGUUAUAUCAGCUGGAGACUGAAAAAUAUGACUUUACAGAGCAGAUCAAGAGGAAAAAAUAUGAGAUUGUCACCCUCAGGAACCGGAUUGAUCAGGCCCAGAAGCACAGCAAGAAGGCAGGAGCCAAGGGCAAGGUUGGCGGGCGCUGGAAGUAAAGAACCAGGCAGGAUGGCCUUUAGUGGUGUGCUGAAACCUUGCUGGUCUCCUCUUUCUUCCUUCACCGAUCACUUGUGUUCUCACGCCUCAAUGAUAACAAAAAUCGCAUCAGCCUGGAUUGGCUAUUGCUGCUGCUUUUCUUCUCUUUCUUCCUGGAGGGGUCUGGUGGCUUCCUCAAGGGGAAGCAGGUUCCCUGUGGAACUGAGAUGACUCCUUGCUGGCAUUUUCAAUUCCUGCUGAACAUGUCCCUUUAUCCUCCUGAUACCAGCCCUAUGCUCUCCUGUAGAUUGCUGUGUACAAAUCUCUGGAUUUUGUAAAUAAAGCACAACCAGUACCUACUCCAAUGACA